CCGGUAGAGGAGCGGUUUUCAGUUUAACGAUGACGGCGGCGGUGUUUUUCGGCUGUACUUUUAUCGCUUUCAGUCCCGCUGUGGCUUUAUUCCUGCUCACCAUCGCCCGAGAUCCUCUGAGGGUCAUUUUCCUCAUCGCGGGGGCGUUUUUCUGGCUCGUGUCGUUGCUGCUGUCGUCGUUGGUGUGGUUCAUCUCCGUACAGAUCAGUAAUAAAGACAGCGGCUCGCAGCAGAAAGGCCUGCUCGUGUUCGGAGUGCUGCUGUCCGUCCUGCUGCAGGAGCUCUUCAGAUUCGCCUACUACAAACUCCUCAAGAAAGCGAAUGAAGGACUGCUGGCCAUCAGCCAAGAGGAGACGAUGCCCAUCUCUGUUCGCCAGCUGGCUUAUGUGUCUGGUCUGGGAUUCGGAUUGAUGAGCGGCGCGUUCUCAGUGGUUAACAUCCUGUCCAACUCUGUGGGUCCGGGUACCGUGGGCAUCCACGGAGAUUCACAACAUUACUUCAUUUCCUCAGCCUUCAUGACUCUCGCUAUAAUCCUGCUGCACAUGUUCUGGGGCGUCGUCUUCUUCGAUUCCUGUGAGCGUCGGAGGUGGUGGUCACUCGGAGCUGUGGUGUGCAGUCACCUGUUCGUGUCAUGCUUGACGUUCGUGAACCCGCAGUACGAAGGCAGUCUGAUCCCCACCUACAUGGUCCUGUGCGUGAUGGCUGGCUGGGCGUUCUCCUGCGCCGGCGGUUCUCUGAGGAACCUCAGGCUUUGUCUCACCUGCAGGGACAAAGACUUCCUCCUGGUCAACCACAGGCCGAGAUAACGGAUCCUCACGCUGUACAGACUGGAGCACGACCAGUUCACCCAUCUUCAAUUCCUAGACUCUUGUUAGAUCGACCGGACGGGACUGGGUUUUCCUUUUCUUUUUUUUUUUGUAUGUUGUAUCUGUUUGCUUUUCUGUCCCUGAACCUCAACUCUUUGUGUGUGUGUGUGUGUGUGUGUGAGAGAGACAGAAAGACAGAGAAUUGUAAAACUCUGUAUUUUUUUUUUUAAAACAAACUUUACAGGCAGUUCCUGCUGGUUUGGUUUGCGUGUUUAUUCUGUUCUUCGUGCAUUUCUUAACAACUCUAAAAUGUCUUAAACCAGAUUUACUGACACGUCGGUUCUCCGGACGGAUCCGGAUUACAUCAGACGGCCCGAGUUGUCUUGAGAUCCACACGAGAGUCGAAAGCCUGAUCGGCGAUACAUCAGCGAUCGGCUAACGCCAAAACUACGGAAGCAUGGAGAGGACAUCUUAUGUACGUGUAGUUCAAUCAAACAAACAUUAAAAUGAUGUAAAAUAAUCCGUACGCGAUGAUGCCGAGGACAUCCGGAAUACAUCUGGCCUUGAUACGCGCUAACUCUACAACAAAGAAAUGAACCAAACUAAGGAAGGCUUUAAUUAAACCAGGGACUAAUAAUCAAUCACAUGACCCCAAUUGAACUAUGUAUUUAUUUAUAACUCUGUGUGCGAGAGGCUCGUUUACGCUGAACACACCGCUCCUGCUCAUGGUCGAGUUUUUAAAAAAAAACAUUUUGACGACACAUUCAGGAUCCACGUGCGAAGAACAGAGGCUCGUGUUCCUCUAAAACCGUCACUUUAUACUUUGUUGAGACUAAUUACGUCCCGAAACAGUCUUUUCUGUAUUAAUACUAAUGUACUGUUUUCAUUUGAAGUUGUAUUUUUGCUGAACGUUCCUAUCAGAAGUGUGACUGAUGAAUGAAUUAUUUUCUAAGCCUAAGAUCCUACUGUAACCUCAGCUGCGUGGCAGAAAAAUGUAUAAAACAGCACUGAACACUGAUCUCGGCGCUCUUUUUCCCUUUUUCUUCAGGUUAGAAAACAAAAUU